UGUGCGUAGUUUUUCUCCUUACAAAACAGCGCGAAUAAAUUUUAUUAACUGCGAUAAAUGUGUGGAUAUAUUUAAACAAAUACGCAAACAGAUUGUAAGAUGUAACCUUUGCCAUAGCAAAGUGGCGUUUUCAAAGUGCCUGUGCAGUGUGAAAAUAGUGGAUAAACAGUGAGCAACUGAGCAUCUUUAAAUAGGAUUUUUUUAAGUAAAAAGCUGUUUAAUGUAGAAAAGCAUUCUAAAUUUAUAAAGUGUUAUUGUUUAAUCAUUAUUUAAUUGUUAAAAUGGAUACGCCAAAACUGCAGCCAAUAACAAACAAAUUAAAACAUAACACCGGCAAUGCAAAUAGUUCGCUGGCGAAUGAUAGUGCUGCCGGCACCGGUUAUGGAGGUAACGUGCGUUUCAACAACAACAACGGCGGUGGGAACGGUCCGAAUGGCAAUGGAAAUGAUGUACCAAAUCAUCAGUCUAUGUCUGGCGACCGACGCUUUAGCUUUUCUGGACCAUCGCACAGAGAUUUCAUAGGAGACCGUUCACGAAAUAAAUACACACACCAUUCAGAAUCAUAUCACCGUUCCAAUUAUGAUUAUCAGCAACUCACUGACCAGCCUCCCUAUUAUAAAUCACACUGGACUCAAAAUAGAUAUAACAGUGGACCCAAUAACAGAAAUAACAACCGUUGGCCAAACGACUAUAAAUUCAAUAAUUACAAUAAGUUCAAUACUAAUUCGGACUACCAGCAAAAUGAGCCAGAUCGGCGAAGAGAUAACUCAAUGCCGCCGUAUGGUAAUGAAUCGGAUAGGAGAUCUCUGAAUCAAAGAAAUACAAGUAGUGAAACAGCAAUCGUGAGAGCUGAUAAAAAGGCUGAGUCUACACCGCCUGCAAUAUAUCAAACUGCUGACUCUGCUACUGCUAAAAAUUCUAUUCAGGCUUCUUCUGAACAUAACAAGAAAAAAGCAGAAAAUUCAAACCCAGCAUCAAAUAGUAAAACUGCUGAACACCCUAAAAUAAAUGAAUUGAGAACUUCUCCGAGAAAAAGAUGGACUAAAAUAAAUCAAAAUAGUCUAAACAGAACAAAUGGAAAUAAACGCAAAUUAUCACCAAAUAGUGCCAAGACAAAGAAGUCACCGAACACUCGUCGCGAGACUUCUAGGGAAAACUCAAACAGUAGUAAAAGAGAUAACAGUAGAAAAGAUAUAGGGACCAAAAAAUGUGCGGAAGUAAGUAAUAAAGAUAUUUCUAAAAACCAAGGAAAGAAUUCACUCUCAAACUUAAGAAAUAAUAAAGAACAACGUCCAGUAACUACAAAUAGAAGUAAAGAAGAAAACAAAUCCAUAGAAAAGUCUUCGGAGCAAACAAAUCAAAAUUGUAUUAAAAAGGUAGAUAAACGAUCAACUACAACAGAGAGGUGUGAAACGAAGAGCAGAAGAGAUUCCAAAGAAAGUAGAGAUGAGCAUUCAGUUACUAAAUCUAAAACAAAAGAAACUCAAGUCACUGUUUCAGCAAUUAAUUCUACCGGCCCCAUUUCUACAAGAGUUGAGAAGAGUUCAGAAAAUUUGGAAAAAGUGCAUACACCUUCACAAGACACUAGCAUUGUUUCAGGCGAUGAUGUGAAUUUUUCAGAGAAAGAAAAUAAGACUGAUACUGUGGAUCAUAAUCUAGACACAGAUAUAAGUGCAACAGAUGCUGUGCUUACAAUUAACGCAAGCUCCAAGAUCCCACUAACUGAGACGAAUGUCCAAGAUGAAAACCCUAUAAUUGAUUGCAGUAAUGACGAGGUAAUAACGACAUUUUCUACACCCAAUGCCGCAAGCAUUGAUAUUGAUCUAAACACCUCAGACUUAUCUGAAAGUCGCGAAAUUGUUGAUAAGGAAAUUUCCAGCCUCGAGUGCAGAGUGUCGCCAAUAACAGAAGUAAACGACAAGCCACGAAUCUCCAUAGUUCCGCUUUCACGACUCAUACGUAACGAACUCAUCAACGAAUUGACAGAUGACUCGAGUGUUACAGAAAUUGAGGACACACCUGCACCUUUAUUAGCUGCAGGCACACCGAACAAACGCAUCUGUCGUCCUAACCUUGUCAAGAGACGUCGAAAGAUUUCGACCUGUAGCAAUUCAAGUGGUACCACAGAAAAUCUCAUUGAAAAAGUAGCCGGCAUGGAUAAAUUUGGCAUCAAACAAGUGAUUAAUAGUAGUGGAACACGCUUCGAUGAAGCAUUAAAAGCACAAGCACGCAAACGUUUGCGUGAAGAGAUCCGAAAGCAAUUGAAAUCAAUGAAUCUGGAAGCAGCAAAAGAUUCCGAGAAUGUAAAUUUUGUGCCCGAUGAUAUUGUAGACGCGAUAUGCAUACCAGAUGUGGUCUUGGAAGAGAUACGCAAGGCUUUUGGUAUAGAGAUAUUCUAUAAACACGAUUUGACGGGUACAGUGACACCCAAAGCGCAAACUUCAGAUACCCAAGCGGAAGAUGUUACUCGAGAUAUAGUGCUAAACAAAGAGAGUACAGUACCGUUUAAUGCCUCAGCACCACUGCAAGAAAGUCUCGUUGAGACGACUUCAACAGCAGUGCAGCCGGAAACGGAAAGUGUUUGUAAAACCAACAAUUUCCCAGCAGAAGGCACAACAACACAAAAUAAAGAAGUUUCAACAGAGUGCAACAAAGUAAACGAAAGAGUCGAAGACCCUUUGGUCUCUAAAACGGCGCAAACAGAUAAAGUGUCUGCUGUGGAUAAUGAGAAAAAGAUGCAGGAGAAAAAGUCAAGAAGGCGCCGAAUUCCAACAGGGCGUCAAAGUAGUCGACAACAAACCAACAAAGAUGUAAUCUUCAUUGGCUUGUCAUCCUCUUCGAGCAGUUCGUCGUCUUCCAGCUCGAGUAGUAGUUCCGAUACAGAAUCAGAGUCGUCAGCCAAAAGUACUUCGUCCUCGGUAAAACGUCGGCGGCUAAAACUACGAGUAGAUGCACAAAAUAUCGUCGAAAGCUUUGAGAAACUCAUAUUUCCUAGUCUCAGUGAGAAUUUGAGAACUCGCUAUCACAACAAAUUCUCGAACUCUACGUACACGCGACUACAUUUCAUUUCUUGUAUCUGCACUAGCGAAUACAAUACCCGAAAAUUUACUAAACCCGAGAUUGCAAAAAUACAAUCCAAUUUAAAAUCAGAGGAUCGUACUGUUGCUUUGGAGUUUCUGAUGCGUGAAAUUGUCAAUGUUUUUAACAAGCAAAAAGAGGCUGCAAAAAAAGAACGCGGAAGCAACAAAACAAGAAAGAGUGCUGAAGCACAAGCAGAAGAGACGUCGAGCGGGCAAGGCACGAGCAAAGGAGAUGAUGGAGGCAGCAUUUUUCAUUCAACCGACAAAGCUAAUGGGAUUUCCACGCAAGUAGUAAACGGCACCAAUGGCAAAAGUAACAGCAGCAGCAGCAGCGGUAAUAAGAAAAAUGCCAAUGCAGCAGAAAAAGUUAAUGUUGGAAAAAAUUGCGUGCAAUCAAAGCCAACGCAGAUGCUUAUGCCGACGAAAAAUCAACAUCAAAGUGUGAAUGAGCAAACAUUAAUGAGCAAAGGAGCAGGAGAGAGUGCUAAAGAGAAAAGUGCUAACAAUGCUAAAAACACAGAUGAGAUGGUUGGUAAAAGGCAUUCAGACGUAGCCUCUGAAGCGAACCAAAAUUUACAUGAAAUGAACAACACCACUAAUCAAGAAGAUCCUAAUAGCAAUUUGGUGGCAAGUGUAGCAACACGUCAGCACCUCACCCCUACUAGAGCCUCCACUGAAGAUAAUGGAACUGUGCAUGAGCAACAGCAACAACAGCAGCAGCAGCAAAAUAAUACGGCUUUGGACAGCAGCAUCAACUCACCGAUUCAUUUAAAUGAGUCGAGUAGUAGUACCGGCCUGCAAUCCCCACUUACAAGUCGCACAUUAUUUGAUAACAAAUUGAAUGGCAGUAGCACGCCAAAUCCUUUAAUUAUAUUGGAAAAUAGUAUUAAUGGGAUCUCUGGUAUCUCAAGCUUGCCAUCUUUGAUCUCUAACACACUCUUUCCAAAUGUAGAUCUAGAAGCUUUGCGUCAGCGAAACAUCUUAGGGGAAUUCGUUGUGAACAAUUUACGCGAAUACGAUAUGAAGUUGAUGGAAUUGCACAAGCGCAAAAUGUUCAUCGAAGAGAUGAUACUCAAACUGCAAAAAGACAAAAUGGAGGUAGAUAUGCAAACAAUGCAACUGCAAAAUGAAAAAUUCUUAUUGCUAAAUACCGCUAUGACUGCGGCUGCCAGCGAACUGCCAAAACGUGAAGCGGCUGCUUUAGCAAGAGCAUCACCUAUAUCCUCUAGCCCGCCAUUGCAAAAUGCAGAUGCACAACCUCAAACGUCAUCCACAUCUGGUGCGCCCUCAAACACAACCACUACUGCUAUGCAAACCAUAAAUCCAAAUCGCCGCAAGCGUAAAGCUAACGAUAAUAAUGCACUAAACGGUAAGCGUAAACGCGGUCCACGUAAACGUGGUGGUGGAAAAAAUGCCAGUACAGAAAGUGCUAAACAACAAUCAAAUCGAAAAUCCACCAGCGAGACAAUUGAAACACCGUCGCAUAUUUCUAAUUCUCCGAUAGUACUUGCAGCUGCACCCGAAUGUACUACAAGUCCAAAUGUUUCAGAUUUGGAACAAAAUUUAAAUGAUUGUGUGGGCAUGCCCUGCUCUGCUAUAGAUGUUAGGAGUGCGAUUACCCAAGUGCAUCUCUACGAACGUUGGAUAAUCGCUACUGGAGAAGAUGGACAUCUGUAUCAGUUUAGUGCCAAGACGUUGAAAAUGGAGAAGGAAUUUGCCAAACACAGUGAAACUAUUACACAUUCAUAUUUGUGCCGGGAAAAGAAAGUGCUCUACACGACCUCAUACGAUGGAUAUAUGAAGAAGACGGCAUUGGAGAACUUCGCCUUAGAUAUUCAGUCCGUAUAUCUGCAGGAGCCACUACAAUGUAUGGAGGUGCAAUGGGGUGUGGUUUACAUCGGCAGCAGAUGGGGCAAUAUUUUCACUUAUGACAUUGCGGGUAACAACUUGAACAAUCCCACAAUUUCGUCAUCAGAUUCUUCAAUAACCGCCAUUAAAGCAACUAAAGAGGGACCACGUCGAAUUCUUAUAAUUGCCUCCAAAUCCAAAGAUGUGCAAAUUCGGGAUGCAGCCUCUGGCCUACUACUGCGCACUUUGACCCUGCCUGAACCACUGAAAGCUUAUAGUUUGUUAUUGGAUGAUGGUUGCAUUUAUUGCGGUACACAACGUCGGGAUAUACUUAAGUUAGAUUUCACAACUGGUAAACACUUAUCUACAAUAACUUGUGGCAGUGGCGCCGUCUCCAUGCGUCUAUACCAAAAUAAAUUCCUACUGGUCGCUUCGUACGAUGGUUUCGUCUAUGUGAUUGAUAAGGCGAAAGAGCGACAAAGUGGGCGUUAUGCUGGCUGUUCCGGGAGUAUACUAGCGUUAGCAGUGGCCAGCAAUAAGGUAAUAGCAACUGCUAAGGACAAAACUUUGAGAGUUUUUGAAUUAGAAAAAAAUAUUGUAACAAAAAGAAAAUAAUUAAUUAAUUAUUUGUUUUAAAAUAUUUAAUUUGGCAUUUUGCGCGCGAAGACUUUUGAAGCCUACUAAAGCUAAAGCUUUGCAUUUAUUUUAUUCUCAUCUAAAUAUAUUUUUAUAUUAGCAUUAGUGUGUGCAAACAUUCAUUUGUACAGUUGCCCAUAAAAUUGAGCGCUCAUCUCAUUUACAAGGAAGAAAGCGCAAAAUAUUUAUAGGUUUAAUAAACAUAAU